UGCGAUAGCUGAAUAUCAUGCGGCGGGUAAAUGAUUGACUCCACUUGUACAGACCACUGGGUGUUGUUGUCUUUUUCUUCCAUGGAAAUCCAGAUACCUGCUUCCUGGUAAGAGACAGGAUACAGGUUUUAUUUGAGCAGUUUAUAGUGCACAUUUAAAACUAAUUAUUGCGCACCUGGAGAGGAAUAAAAAUGGGGAAAUCAUUCACUGUUCUUCACUGGCUCGUCCUCACUCUGGGGCUAGUUGCGGCUCAAACAGAAAUUCCAGAGAAAGCUGAGCAAGCUCUGCCAAACUGGCUGACGGGAAUUAUCGCCGUCGCGGUUUUCCUCUUUCUCGUCUUCAUCGCCUUCCUUGUAAACAAAGCCUGGUGUAAAACUCCAAGCGAACCAGAAGCAGUGCCCACUGAAUACGCCAUGACUAAUGGAUCAACCCGUGAAACCAGUCUUGAUGCAGUCAGGAGCAGCGAAGACCCUAAAGCAUAUGAGAACGUGAUCGUUCACCAAACAGAUGAAAAAGUGACCAAGAUGUAAUCUCAAACGUCCAUAAUCAGCCCAGUCAGCACACCAUGUUAACCUUACUUAUUGUUGGAAAUAAGUUAUCAUUUUAAUAGCUGACACAGCUCAUCUUGUAAAGGUCAGCAGUGAUUUUUUUUGCAGGUUUGUGUAAUUAACAUUAACUGUAGUACUAGUACUAAUUCUAAAGAACAUUUAUUGAGCAUGUUACUGCAGUAUCAUGCAUUUAGUAUCUCACUGAUCUUUGUUUUGCAAACCUCUUUAAAUAAUAAUUAAUAAUAAUAUUCCUAAAAUAAAAUCCUCUACCAUUCAAAAGUC